AUGGAAGGAGAGUGCUUUAGCCUUAUCAUCCUGGUUGAAAGAUAUGGCCAAACCGGCACUGGAAAAACCUUUACAACGGAAGAUGAAAGGUCCCCUAAUGAAGAGUAUACUUGGGAGGAGGAUCCUUUGGCUGGUAACAUUCCACAUACUCUUCAUCAGAUUUUUGAGAAACUUACUGAUAAUGGUACUGAAUUUUCAGUGAAAGUGUCACUAUUGGAAAUCUAUAAUGAAGAGCUCUUUGAUCUCCUUAAUCCGUUUUCUGAUGUUUCUGAGAGACUGAAAAUGUUUGAUGAUCCCCGUAACAAGAGGGGAGUGAUAAUCAAAGGUUUAGAAGAAAUUACAGUAUACAACAAGAAUGAAGUCUAUCAAAUUUUGGAGAAGGGGACAGCGAAAAGGACAACUGCAGCAACUUUGAUGAACGCCUACUCUAGAGCUAUGAGUGGAAAACUAACUGUUCAAGAGGAAGAAAUUGUAGAAUUGGUUGAAAAAAUUGCUGCUGUUGAGGAAGAGCUAAAUAGGCCAGCCGCAGCUCUCCACCGGGCGUGCUCUGCACUUGAGCCGCACUACCCGCGACCGGACUUCAGCCUGCCAGGACCGGCAGCCCGGUGGCCGGCUGACGCCACCCCGCCCCCACACACCACCACUCCCGGCCAGCACCCACCUGGCCUGGCGGGCUUCCAGGACCGGAGCGCCCCGGCCCCACAGGAGGCUCCGAGGGCCGAAGCCACACACCUCCAGAGCCACGUGACCCUGAGCAGCGAAUGGGAUGGGGGGGGUGCGGCGCGCCGCGAAGUGGGGGCGGGCCUGAAGAGGCCCAGGGAGGGAGGGCACCGAGAGGUCCACGCCUCUCAACCCCCCCCACCCCCCGCCAGCUCCCGCAGGCACGGCAGGCCGCUUGGGGUGCCGGAAGCCCUCCGGGCCCCGGGCCAGGCCAGGCGGGUGCUGGCCGGGGGUGGCGGUGUGCGGGGCUGGGGCGGCGUCGGCUGGCCUCCGAGCUGCAGGCCCUGGCCGGCUGGAGUCCAGUCGCGGGUCGUGCGGCUCAAGUGCAGCACACGCCCCGUGGAGAACUGCGGCCGGCAGGUCGGAGGAAAAGGAGGCGCAGCGCAGGGCUCUUAG